AAAGGAGUAUGAAGUCGGAAGGGUUGGGUAGUUCAGGAACAAGGUUGUGAUCAAAGGCAUUUGUCUGAAAGAGGUGGAAGGGACCCCGCCUAAGCUUGGGGCGGAGUCAGGAUCAAAUUCCUCAGGGGUGAACUCUGAGAUAAAAAGCUGACACUGGAGGUUUGAGGAGGUAAAGAAACAGAAGUGAAGGCUCCACUUACUGCCCAGCCCUCACCCAGUGAACAAGGCUCUGAGCACCUCAGUACCGGACAGAAACCUCCCCACUCCUCAGAGGCUGUCCCUGCCUGACCCUCCUCGCCCUCAGCGUCUGCCUGAGAGGAAAGAAGGAUGGAGCCAGGCAGGACUCAUAUAAAACUUGACCCCAGGUACACAACAGAUCUUCUGAAACUGCUGGAGACCAAUUACAGCAUCUCCCCUGCCUGCUUCUCUUACCCUCCCACUGCAGCCCAGCUCCUGAGAGAACUGGGCCCAGUGGAAAUUGCCCUCACCGUCAUCUUGACUUUUCUUACCACUGGCUCAGUUGCCAUUUUUCUGGAGGAUGCUAUUUACCUAUACAAGAACACCCUUUGCCCCAUCAAGAAGAGGACUCUGAUCUGGAGUAGCUCUGCACCCACGGUGGUGUCUGUGUUCUGCUGCUUUGGUCUCUGGAUCCCUCGCUCCCUCACACUUGUGGAAAUGGCCAUAACCUCGUUUUAUGCCGUAUGCUUUUACCUGCUGAUGACAGUCAUGGUGGAAGGCUUUGGUGGGAAGCAAGCAGUAUUGAGGACACUGAAGGACACCCCAAUGAUGGUGCACACGGGUCCCUGCUGCUGCUGCUGUCCCUGCUGCCCACCCCUCAUACUUACCAGGAAGAAGCUGCAGCUGCUCAUGUUGGGCCCUUUCCAGUAUGCCUUCUUCAAGAUAAUGCUGAACAUAGUGGGCCUGUUUCUCAUUCCAGAUGGCAUCUAUGACCCAGGAGAAAUUUCUGAGAAGAGCACAGCUCUCUGGAUCAACAACUUCCUCGCCAUAUCCACCCUUUUGGCCCUCUGGUGCCUGGCCAUCCUUAUCCGUCAAGCCAGGAUGCACCUGAGUGAACAGAACAUGGGAUCCAAGUUUGCUCUGUUCCAGGUGCUUGUCAUCCUGACCGCCCUGCAACCCGCCAUUUUCUCCAUCUUGGCUAGCACCGGGCAGAUUGCUUGCUCCCCUCCCUAUUCUUCUAAAAUCAGGUCUCAAGUGAUGAACUGCCACAUGCUCAUACUGGAGACCUUCCUGAUGACAGUGCUGACACGAAUGUACUAUCGAAGGAAAGAUGACAAGGUUGGGUAUGAGGCCUGUUCACCGCCAGAUCUGGACUCAGCACUCAAAGCCUGAGGAGAGCAGCUUGGCCUAUGGAAGAGAUACUGUUCUCCACAGAAGAGCAUGAGCUUUCUUCUGUCCCUCAACCUUCUCAAUGGUUAAGGCUCCCACUGGCAGGGCAGGCUGGCAGCUCCCAUGUGACUAUAGAGAUGAAGGCAGAGUGCAGCAGGCUGAACCUGUUCUGAGUCUUUCUCAGGGAAGUUUUGUAAUAAACGGUGAAAGUUGAGACGCUU